UAAGCCUUCGCCACCGAUUCUCCGAUCCUGUGCCGAUCAUGGAACAUGUGGUCCAAACAUGUGUUCCCCGGCACACCAUAGGCCAUCGCUGGGGCUGUCACGGAACAGAAAUGCCUUGCCUAUGUCCGUCGGGAUGGCGGGUUCGAACAACAUCCGGUUCGACUCCUUAAGAGGUCGACCUCUGGCCUCGCCCCAUUCCUCAAUUGUAUACCACACGGAAGACUGGACGUGACUCAAGCCUCCCCAACCAUGAAGGAUAACAUCAACACGAGAGAACCCAUUGCGGUCAUUGGCUAUUCCUACAGAGCACCAGGGACAGGCCGCAAGAAUUUAUGGGAGUAUCUGGAGGAAGGCAAAUGCGCAUGGUCGAAAGUGCCAGCAGAACGAUUUGACCAUGAUGCAUUCUACAAUGCCGAUAAAGACAAGGCCGGCUGUAUAGCCUCCAAAGGAGGCCAUUUUCUCCCGGAUGAUGCUUACGCCUUCGAGCCUGCCUUCUUCAAUCUCAGAGCAGAUGAAGCUCGCCAAAUGGAUCCGCAACAACGCAUGGCUCUUGAAUGUGCCUUUGAGGCAGCCGAACAUGCCGGCAUCACAAUCAAUGAGCUUGCCGGCUCCAAUACAGGCAUUUUUGCUGCCAACGGAAACGUUGAUACCGCUCUCGAACUCAUCGCCGAUCUGCCCACGACUUCGAAAUACACCGCGACUGGCACAGCCUGUUGCAUGUUUGCCAAUCGAUUAUCAUAUUUCCUGGAUGUUCGUGGUCCCUCCGUGGUGAUUGAUGCAGCAUGUGCAAGCAGUUCCUCGGCACUUCACUUGGCUGUGCAGAAUCUUCGGUUCGGAGAGUGCGAGUCGGCUUUCGUGGUCGCGUCCAGCUUGGCCAUGACACCGGCUAUGUGGGUUACUUUAGAUACCAUGGGUGCUCUUUCGCCUGAAGGAAGAAGCUACUCGUACGACACAAAGGCUUCCGGCUUUGGUCGUGGUGAUGGCGCAGCUUGUCUGCUGCUGAAGCCUCUUCGCAAGGCCAUUCUUGACAAUGAUCCAAUUCAGGCUAUUGUCGCAAAUACAGCUUGUAAUCACGGCGGAAGGACAGAUGGGAUCACUGUACCAUCUUCGAAUGCCCAAGUCAAUCUCAUGCGCCGUGUUCACGAAGAGAUCGGCUGGAACCCCGCGGAAACGACAGUUGUUGAGGGUCAUGGCACCGGGACACUGGUGGGCGAUCCGAUCGAGGCUCGGUCUGUAGCAACAGUCUUCGGCGCAGAUCGACCACCAGGGAACCCGAUAUUCCUCGGCUCGAUCAAAUCUAAUAUCGGGCACGCCGAGAACGCUAGCGGGUUGCUCGCCGUAAUAAAAGGGAUCAUGAUGUUACAGCACGGCAUCAUUCUUCCCACAGCUGAUUUCGAUUCGCCCAAUGCAGUGGUGGCAGACACUGGCAUGCUGAAGGUGCUGAAGAGUCCACAGCCGUGGCCGCAAGACGCACCGAAAAGGGUCUGCGUCUCGAACUUCGGCUUCGGCGGAGCCAAUGCCUCCGCUCUUCUUGAAGCUUAUGAAACCGAGAGUCGCUCACAGCUACUGGAUAUCAAUGGUCGUGUUGAAAACUUGGAGGUUGGCGCGGCUGUCUCAUCGCUUUCCGAGCACAGCCUUGGAGGCACUGCACAAAGGCAGCUUCUAUUCACGUGCUCCGCGAGGACAGAGAACAGCUUGCGUGCGUAUCUUGCGUCUUUCGCAGAAUACCUUGAGAAUCAGGCGAAGUAUUCGCUUGAAUCGUUACAGGAUAUUUGCUACACUCUUGGACAGCGCCGGACCCACUUUCAGCAUCGAACGGCAAUUCCAGCCAACAGCUUCUCGAUGCUCAAAGAUGAAGUCGUGCGCCUGGGAACGAGCGAUGGCAAGCUUACGAAAUCUAAGAAGGUCACAGUAGCCUUUGUCUUUACUGGGCAAGGCGCGCAAUGGGCUCAGAUGGCCACGAAACUGGAGCAGCACCCUGUAUUCACUUCUACUUUGGAGCGUGCUGAGAAAGUUUUGCGAAGCUUUGGAUCAACAUGGCUAUUACGAGAAGAACUCAACAGAUCGGCCGAGGACUCGCACGUCAACGAAGCCAGCGUAAGCCAGCCUGCUUGUACUGCCGUGCAGUUGGCGCUGGUGGAACUGCUUCGCUCUUGGACUGUACUUCCGAGCAUUGUCACUGGCCAUUCGAGUGGGGAAAUUGCAGCCGCGUAUGCCGCCGGGUUCAUAUCAUUUGAGACCGCUCUAGCACUUGCCUUUUUCAGAGGUGAAGCUGCUACGCGUGCUUCGCAGAAUGAUAACCUACGCGGCGCUAUGAUGGUCAUUGGCGCAAAUGUAGAGGAAGCCACUGCACUUUUGUCGUCCUGCAGUGACUCUGGAUACGCCACGAUUGCUGCAAUCAACAGCCCAAGCAGCAUUACGUUGUCGGGAGACGUCAACGCUAUCGACGAAUUACACCGAACAGCAACCUCGAGAGGUCUAUUUGCCCGGAAGCUCAAAGUGGAUGUUGCCUAUCAUUCACGGCACAUGGAGUCGGUCGCAGAAUCCUACCUGGAAGAUGUCAAGCCACACUAUGCUAAGAAGAGCGAUCACCCCACCGCGAUGACCGACGUGAUCUUUGUAUCGUCAGUGUCCGGUCAAGUCGAGGCUGGAGAUGCGAUCGAUCCGUCUUACUGGGUGAGGAAUCUUCUCCAACCUGUGCGCCUGGUUUCCGCCAUUGAAACAAUGUUCUCGGAAGCUGUCACAUCGCGCGUACCUGCUCCGAACAUCGUGGUCGAAGUUGGACCCCACCCGGCACUCAAAGGACCCUUCGAGCAAACACUGGAUGCUCUGGAAAAUUCUCAGGCUUCAGCCAACGUGACCUACAUGCCGACCCUGACCAGGGGAACAGAAUCUAACGAUGCAGUUAUGGCAUUUGCAGCACUUGCUUUCACCAACGGAAUCAGUCUCGAUCUGGCCUCUGUCAACCAAACCGAUGCUGGCGAGUGUCAUGUGGUUACCGACUUGCCUCGAUACGAAUGGGACAAAUCUGAGAGAUAUGCCCAUGUUUCACGUACAACGAAACAUUCAAGACGACCAGGAAACGCAUAUCACGCGCUGCUCGGAUGGGCAAGUCCACACAAUGAAGGAAAGUCUCGGUCUUUUCGACAAGUCUUCACACUGGACGAGAUGCCCUGGCUGAGAGGUCAUCGUAUCGCAGGCGAGGUCCUCUUCCCCAUGACCGGCUACCUUGCGCUUGCAUUCGAGGCAGUGCGCAGUGUCAGCCCCAACACUGCGGUAGGCGCUUUCGUCGUGCGAGAGUUUCAUGCCAAGCGUGGAUUGCAGAUUGCGGAAGAAGAGCCAAUUGACCUAACGACCAAAGUCACCCCAUUUGCGGUUGGACCCAACACUUUGUCAAACACUUGGUGGACCUUUGAGGUCAUGACAUGGGCCGACAAGCAAGGAUGGAUCGUGCACGCUCAGGGCCAAGUCAGCGUCGAGUCCUCUACAGAGAUCAACAACCCGGACAGCGCGGCAUCUGCGAAGCUCCUGCAUCGUGACGACCUGCAAGCUAUUGACACGGACAGUGCGUACAAAACGAUGAGAGGCGUAGGUCUGGACUACGGGCCUGGCUUUGCGCUCAUCACCCAGGUCGCCUGGUCGGACGAUACUGCAGUAUUCGAGAUCCAGAUGAAAGAUCUGGAUAUGUCUAUACCUUCGGAUUCCGACUUCAAUCUGGCAACUAGUAUCGCAACGAGCGACAAUUUGCUACAUGGUACCGGACUGUUGAAGACAUUGAACGGAGACAUGCAGGGAUUGAUCCCUGUGUAUUGUCGACAGUUGAGGAUAUUCGACAAGGUGCCUGUCACUGAGUCCUCCAAGAUUACAGUUGUCACUCGUCUCAUCAGCGAAGACAAGAAGCUUGGCAGUCUUACUUCCUGCACGACCGCUUUUGCGCAUGUCAACGGCUCUCUCACGCCUGUGGCAGAGCUCCUCCAUUUGACCUCGAGACAUAAUUCUGGAGUCAAGCGAAAUCCAUUCCUCGGCGAUGGGAAAGCCGAGACGUACAAGUGGGAUCUUGCACCUCUUCAGCCAGCUCUGCCGCAGGCGAGCAAAUCCGGACCGAGCAUCUCAAUCACUGUCAGUGGCGUUCUGCGAGACGACGCGGAGCAAGAUUUCGCCAAAAAUGUAUCCGAUCGUCUGAGAGAACUUCCUGGAUACGACGCCCGCAUCGUGCCAUAUCAUGGCUUCGUUGCAGAUGAAAGCUCCUACUUCAUGUUCAUCGAUAACGGAUCUCAGAGUAUCACGAGAACGUUCGACGAGAAGUCUUUCGAGACGAUGCGACAGCUGCUUCUGGGCAGCGCGGGCAUCAUUUGGGUCAUGCCAGAGCACAGUAGGCCAGAAGCACACACCAUGAUAGGCUUCCUUAGAAGUUUACGUCUCGAGGAUGCUCCAAGGCCUCUGUUGCUCAUAAGAGACGUAAGCAUCGACGACGCAGGCGUUGAGGCAAUUGCAAGUGUUGCUGGUCGACUGUCUGGCACUGAUGCGGCAAAGCAUUCGGAGCAGGAGUUCGUUCUGUCGGGCGGCGAGCUCCUCGUUCCUCGACUGGUUCCGACCCCUAAUGCUGCGGAGCUUCUUGGAUUUGAGGAGAAAGAGGUCGAGAAGCGGAUUCAGGCACUCGAUGAAAGUGGCGAGAUGUCGAUCAAAGACACUGUCCAAAUGACAGUCGACUCCGUCGGCAGCCUCGAUUCCAUCUACUUCCGCCGCGUUGACCUGCUCGCUCAAGAACUUGGCGAUGACGAGAUUAUUGUCAAGGUAGAGGCAGUGGGCGUCAAUUUCCGCGAUCUUCUGCUUGUACUUGGCUCGCUCCCAUGGCACGAGCCAGGUCUCGAGGGAGCUGGCACGGUGGCAAUGGUUGGCCGCAAUGUGACAUCUUUCAAACCUGGAGAUCGUGUGUUCUACUCGUCCAUGCAAGGUGGAUUUGCAAAUUACGUCCGCAUGUCGCAUUUGUAUGCCGGAAAGCUCUCGGAUCGUUGGACCUUUGCACAGGGUGCGACGCUCUCUGUCGCGUACAGCACCGCUAUCUGGUGUCUGGAAGACGUUGCUCGCCUUCAAUCGGGAGAAUCCGUUCUGAUCCAUGCUGCGACUGGCGCAGCCGGGCAAGCUUGUAUCGCCAUCGCGAAAUUGCUCGGUGCCAACAUCUUCGCGACAGCCGGCACUACAGCAAAGAGGCUGUUCCUGCACGAGACUCUGGGCAUACCAGAAGAGAACAUCUUCUCCAGCCGAACGCCAGAGUUCCAUGACCAAAUCCUACUUGCAACCGGCGGGAAAGGUGUAGAUGUAGUCGUGAACUCUCUCAGUGGAGAGCUGCUCGAACGCACCUUGGAUAUCGUUGCCGAAUUUGGCAGGUUCGUGGAGAUUGGAAAGAAAGACAUCCUCGACAACAACUACAUGGGACUCCGCACAUUUGAACGUUGCAUCUCUUUCACGAGCGUCGAUUUGAGGCAGAGGCUGCUCAAGCGCCCGCAAGAAGCUCAACGAUUCCUCGCAAGCAUAACAGAGAGACUUGAGUCAGGUGGUAUCAGCCCGAUUGCUGGUACUGAGGUCCCUCUUUCUGAUGUUGCGUCCGGACUGCGGAAGUUGCAGACAGGUGACAAUAUUGGAAAGGUCGUGGUCAAAGUAUCACCGACUGAUACCGUUCUCGCGGAGCCUCCUGGAGCUGGCGGAAAGCUAUUGACUGACAAGGUGACCUAUGUGAUCACUGGUGGCACGGGAGGAAUUGGCCGCUCGCUGGCAUUGUGGAUGCUCGAGCAUGGAGCGAAACACAUUGUCUUGCUAGGCAGGAGUGGAUCCUCAAGGCCUGAGAUUGCCGAACUGACGCGGAAGCACCCUGGUGUUCGAGCUGUUGCAUGCGAUGUGGCCAGCAGAGCAAGCCUUGAAGAGGCGUUGAAGAGCCUUCACGACUUGCCUCCCGUUCGAGGCGUAAUCCACGGAGCGUUGUAUCUUCGGGACGCCUUGCUUACGAACACGACUUUCGACGACUGGCAAAAGGUCUCUGCGCCCAAGAUCGACGCUGCUUGGCAUCUGCAUGAGCUGCUGCCUCAACUUGAGUUCUUCAUUUCUCUGGCAUCCAUCACUGGCGUGACAGGAAAUGCUGGACAGAGCAUUUACGGAGGUACAACGACCUUCUUGGAAGCAUUUUCGGCGUACCGAAGAGAGCAAGGACUCCCAGCGAUCUCGAUCCAGCUCCCUAUGAUUGAAGACGCGGGCUAUGCACUAGAUAACGGAAUGACUAAGUCUAUGCGCGAGAAUACGGGCGUUUGGCUGCAGAUGCCGCAGAUCGAACACCUCGUCGAAGAAGCUAUCAUCGCAUGCAAGACCGGCCAGUACGAUGAAGCCGUCCGAGCUACCGCUUUUGUGCGAGAUCAGCAAUCUCCAGAUAUGUCUGCGAUUGGCGAGCGGUUGCACAUGUACUCUGCUCUGCGUCAACAAGACAAUGCGGCGGCUGCCACGCAAGGCUUGAGCAAGUAUAGUGAUGCUGAAUCGUUCUUGCCGGCAUUGAUGGAGCGAGUUGCAACGCUGGCAGUGAUGGAUGCUGACGAAGUCGAUCCUGAUACUGAUCUCGUCGAGUACAGUUUGGACUCUUUGGUUACUGUUGAGCUGCGGAACUGGAUACGACGAGAGACGGGUCACGAAGUGGCUCUGAACCAAGUUCUCACCAUGCCGAACCUCAGGGCAUUGGCGGAAUUUGUGUUUUCACCUGGGAGUGCUUCGUAGUAAGCUGCCGUGAGCAGCCUGUAAGAGUUUGAAAGGCA